AUGAAGACUUUCGGACUUCUCGCUCUGGCAGCGAGCGCUAGACUCGUCUCCGCCCACGCCACCGUCAUGGCCGCCUGGGUCAACGACAAAGACCAGGGCCUGGGCAACACCGACGACGGCUACAUUCGUUCUCCCCCCAGCAACUCCCCCAUCACCGACGUGACCUCUAAGGACUUGACCUGCAACGUCGGCGGCGACUCCGCAGCCUCCAAGUACAUCAAGGCCGCUGGCGGCGACAAGCUCACCUUCGAAUGGCACCACAACAGCCGCGACGCCAGCGACGACAUCAUCGAUCUGUCCCACAAGGGCCCCGUGCUCGUCUACAUGGCUCCCACCGAAGCUGGCUCCGGUGGCAGCGGCUGGGUCAAGAUCGCCGAGGACGGUUACGCCGACGGCACCUGGGCCGUCGAGACCCUCGUCGAGAACAAGGGCAAGCACUCCGUGACCAUCCCCGACGUCCCCGCUGGCAAAUACCUGUUCCGUCCUGAGAUCAUUGCCCUGCACGAGGGCAGCCGCGAGGGCGGUGCCCAGUUCUAUAUGGAGUGUGUCCAGGUCGAGGUCACCUCCUCUGGCUCCAAGACGCUCCCUGAGGGUGUCUCCAUCCCCGGUGCCUACAAGGCCAACGACGAGGGCGUCCAAUUCGACAUCUACGGCCAGUUCGACAGCUACCCCAUCCCCGGCCCUGCCGUCUGGGACGGUGCCUCUGGCUCUAGCUCUGGCUCUGGCUCUGGCUCUGGCUCCUCCAGCCCUAAGGAAGCCUCUGCUACCUCCAGCGCGGCCCCUACUUCGUCUGCCACUGCUCCUGCUGCAACCACUACCGUCCCUACCAUCCCGACUGCCGCCCCUACCUUCACCACCAGCGUGAGACCUACUUCUUCCGUCCCUCCUAGCUCCACCACUGCCCCUGCUCAGCCCACUGGCUCUAGCGGUGCUGGUGGCGCCGGCCAGCUGUAUGGCCAGUGCGGUGGACUGAACUUCAAGAAGGCUGCUGGCUGUGCUGCUGGUCUUACCUGCAAGGAGUUCAACCCUUACUACCACCAGUGUGUCAAGGCGUAA